UUGUCAUUCGGGAAAAUUGGUGGAAAACAUCAGUGCCCGCACUCCAACCUGCAAUCUUCAUGGAUAGUUCAGCUCUUGGGUCCGCUGAAUUGCAACAAUUUAUCGCUCAAGAAAAGGAAAGAGCGAUGGUUAAUGAAAUGGUGGCCAAGCUGACUAGUGCUUGCUGGGAUAAAUGCAUCACGGGCACCCCUGGAAGCAAGUUCAGUUCAAGUGAAUCUACUUGUCUCUCAAAUUGUGCACAGCGUUACAUGGACUUGAGCAUUCUUAUCAUGAAACGGUUUCAGAAUAUGCAAUGAAGAUCAUGGGCCGCUGACGUGCUUUCUCAAUCUAUAUGUCUAUUUUUAAAUACCUAUUAUGCUUGAUCAUAGAUGUUACUCUUUACCAGUUUUUGGAAUUAAUUUCCAUUUUGCUGAGACUAUUACCUCGGGAUAUUCGGUUCUGGUAUGUCUGUAUCUUUCAAAAUAACCCUUCUUAAAUAUGAUGGGUAACUUACAGGCUUGGCUGCAUCCUAGCUUUAAUUCACCAAUUUUGUGCAUCUGAAUCCGUAAUAUCUUAGUGAUGAAUCUGCAAUUUA